GUUGGAUAUCCCUGUCGGUUCGAAGACGAUCUCAGCAUCCCUAACUCCGUAACUGCCUACCUUUACUCUCUCACUUAAUGUCAACUCAACGACACACUAACAACCCCUUAGUGAUAUCACGGCGUCCAUCGCGCCCGAGUGCCGCUUGGCUGACUCCAGCUUUACUUGACCCGACAUCCGUUCUGUACUCGCACGCCAUCGCGCCGACCACCUGCGCCGCCUAGUGUGUGGGUAUCUACACUGGUCGUAGUCGACCGGGUUUUGCAUCUGAAGCGUCCGUCCUAGGCCCCUUAGCCGGCGAAACGACGCUGUCCUCUUCCCCGACAUCUCGACUUCUCAGGAACGACGGCCGCGAUCAAAGCCCCAUCCCCAUGGCGCGUCGGCGACGGCCGCCGCGUUCGGGCGCGCUCGCCGAGCUCCCGCCGCUCAAGAUACUCAGCCAGAUCGCGAUACUCCAGGGGCUGUACUACGCCGGCGCGCUGGUGCUGAUGCUCUUCACCGCGCUGGUCGCGGGGACCAAGUUCGGCAUCGACCUCGUGUUCGGCUGGGACGCCGUGCGCGGCGACACAACCCAGGGCUGGCUGAUGGGGUUCAUAUGGGUGUUGGACGGCGGGCUGUUGAUGGCGGCCGCGAUCAUCGUCCUCAUCGGCCGGUCCAAGCUCGUGCUUGAUUUUGCGCUGUCGCUGCACGCGAUCCAUCUGGUCGUCGUGACGCUGUAUUCGGGCCAGUUACCGCGCCACACGGCCUGGUGGCUCUCGAUGGCGGCGGCCAGCGCCGUCUCGGUUGCGCUGGCGACCUGGGGGUGCCGAUACCGCGAGCUCAAGCCGAUAUCCUUUGGUGGCGGAGGCGCAUCGUCGACGGCCGGCGGUGGCGGAGGGGAGAAUAGCAGCGGCGGCAAUGGUGGCGAGGGUAACGGAGCCGAUGAGGAGCAGGGGUUUUCGCGAGGGAGAGGCCGAGGGCGAGGUCGAGACGGGGCCGGCGAGUACGAGAUGGUCAACAUGGAUAACAGCACGGCGAGGUAGCUCCAGGAAGUAAUUGGUUUGGGCGCUGGAUAAUUAGAAAGGGUUUCGAACAGAAGGCAGGGAGCAUUGGCGCGGCGCUGGCAUCACGGUCUGCCCCGUCUUCCCGCAUGGGCACGGAGACGGGUUCUUGAUUUCCUACCAUUUCAUCAACUCCCUGCGGCAGCCUCGGACAUGCUCAGCUUUGUCUACCAGUCCCUAGCACAGUAGGGGGCAAGUCGUGUCGCAUACUACUAUUGACUCUCACUCGGCAACAGCAGC